CCUUCACGGUGUGUGUACCCCCUUCACGGAGUGUGUACCCCCUUCACGGAGGGUGUGUGUGUACCCCCUUCACGGGGUGUGUGCCUACAGGUAAGGGUACCCCCCCUCUCGGCAUGGUGUGUGCCCCUGUCGGGGUGUGUGCCUACAGGUAGGGCCCCCCCUCUCUCGGCAGGGUGUGCCCCCCCCCCUCUCGGCAGGGUGUGUGCCCCUCCCCCUGUCGGGGGCUGUCUCCGGCGAGGCGGGUCGCUGGAACAGGCGGGCGCGCCUCUCUCAUAAACGCGAGGUCGCCUCCCUCGAUCCUCACUCGGCUCGCUGCAGCUCCCUGCACUCCACUGCACCUCCACUGCACUCCACUUGCAAGAUGGCUUUCAAAGGCUCAAGCUCAAAGCCCCGACCCCGGUCUGCGUACGGUGAAAAUGCAGGGAGCCCACAGACGGAGAGGGAACGGUCCGACGCCAUCCAGGGCACAAAGUUCCGCACCUCGGUGAAGGAUGAUACCAGCUGGAUCAACCGUGCCGGUGGACUCAACGAGGACGAGGGCGAGGAGCCGGGGCUGAUAGACUUCGGCGACAAACAUCCGACCUCGCCGCUCUCCCCGACGUACGCAGGCACCAGCCGUUCGUCGAGGCAGCAGCAGCAGGAGUGGGAUGAUAUGGAUUCUCAUGCCGCGUCAACGAAAGGAGCCAGGGACUCGUCCGGCGGCGGAUUCCGGUCGUCGACGCAGAAGUGGGACAGCGCGGGACCCGAGGGAUCUUCGUCUUUCUCCCGCGUGGAGAUCACCGAGACGGAGACACGGCGAGGCGGCCGUGAGCCGUCUGGACCCCCGCCACCUGUCCCUCGCAGCCGCUACUCCGGCAGCGGAGGACAGAGCGGAGGGCAGAGCGGAGGUCAGAGCGGAGGUCAGAGCGAUGUCAGCAAUUCAAAGGAUACGUCUGUCACCCGCACUCGCUUCAGCAGGCCCGUAUCGUCGUCGUCGUCGUCGUCGAUGAAUGAGCAGAUCAACGUGACGGAGAGGAAAGAGGUGUACGGCACCAAGUCUGAGCUCGAGGAUACCGUGACCACCGACAGCAACAAGGAGAACCUCUGGGAGAAUGCGUGGCGCCGGUGCUCGCGAUGCAACCACGCGCUGGGCAAGAGAGCCAACUCCUACAUCCUGGACUACCUGGGCCUCUACUACCACGAGGCCUGCUUCAAGUGUGACGGCUGUGACGCGGACCUGGGUCACAUGGGCGGCGGGGGCACGCUGCACAUCGUGGCCAAGCACGUCAACUGCGACGCGUGCUACCAGAAGAGCCUGCGCUCCGGCUCAGGGCGCUAGUGGCCUCAAGGGUGGUGGCGGCUGGGGUGUGGAAGUGUAGAACGAACUUGACUGGAAACACCCCCCCCCACAUCCUCCCCCCUCCCACCUACUCCACAAAAACAGAGAUGAAGCAACUUCAAUCCCAAACCACAGCACACGCAGCUACCCAGACAAGCUGAACACCAACGCACCACACACACAGCAGCAGCAGCAGCAAAGCAGAGCCUCACAACAACCGCUAUAGCCACGUCCAGGCUUUAAUUUCUCACUCAUUAUUGUCCAGGUCGUCGAUAGACCGGAGUGGGUGGUACGUGACUAGUAAGUAGCAAGUAAUAAUAAUAAUGAGCACGUAUGGUACCUGUGCCAUUCUCAUACCACAAGCCUAUCUCGAAGGCGCUGUGCUUGACAGACGAAUAUGGUCUGUCGCUUGAAGGCAAUAUCGCCUUGUGGUUUUUACCCAAUUUAGGUAAUUUGCGAAUGCUUUUUCAAAUUUGGCAAAUUUGGGAACGCAUGGCCUGCUCUUUUCGAAUAACGCCACAGGUUUCAUAAGGGCCCACUGUGAAACAGAUGGCUCGUAGUUUUGGUUAAUACGCUCGCAGUAUUAACCAGGGCGGCUGGCAGGCUCUUUUAUACUGGAUGUGUUGCGCCGGAUGCAAGCAAUGUUCUCCUGGUCACCGACCCGGCUGCGACAAUGAAGCCCUUGUCUACGUUACACAAGUCAACACAGGCCCGCAGCAUGAAAAGUAUUCACACCGCUCUGCAUUAUGGGAAUAAUAUAAUAUGUUUUCCUUUUUAUUUUUUGUAACAAACGAAUCUAUUUCCCCAUUAAUGAGCUAAGUUUUAACGACUGGGGUUGUUUUUCGUGUCGGUAUGGUUGUGGGUAACGACGGAAUAUUUGUUUUAAUGCUUUUUAAGGAUUGAACAGGUCUUGGUGUUGACAUGGGACAAAUGGCAGCACUUAAUUGCAUUCUUAAUUACGUUAGUUAGCACGUUGCCUCAGCGCGGAACACAAUUUACUCUUAAAUAAAGACACUACCAGCCAGCUGUCUGCUGCGUAGGUUUUCGCACCCGUGCCGUACGGCCCUCUGACGUGUUUUUUUCUGGGCUGUGCCGCUCGGGCGUUCGGCACGACGAUGCCCGACGUUUCCCUCCCGAUGCUCGGAGCUUUUUCCAGCACGUGGAGAAAAACGGCGGAGAUCGAAGGAGCACGUCGGAGAGCCAGGUUUCUGUGAAUGCUUCUUUCAAAGCCCAAACAACAAGGUCACUUUCUGGGCCUCAUCGGCAGGAUUCGACCCGUUAAACAAACGCCUCUGGAUCGCCUGCUGUUAUAGACAAUAGCCCUCUACCAACACUGUGGGGCCGUUAAGCACAGCCGGAUGAGGGCCUCCCAACACCGGUUCUGCGGGGGUUUAUUUGUCCGUACUUCACCGCGCAGAUUUGGUGCCCCGCAACCUAUAACAACCUGUUGUGCGUCAUGGGCACCCAUCAAAGGUUGCGGGUAAUUAAAUAACGAAUAUACAUGGGAAUAUCGGUUUCACAAAAACCAAAACAUUUACUUCGAUAAGCGGAAUCCAAAGCAGCACAUGUUUAAAAUAAAUAAAUAUGACAGUGGACAGUGAAUUGCCUCCGUGAAGGUGAACUAUCAUUUGCAAUACUACACUCUCACCCUAAGCAGGAUUUGAACUUGUCACUUUAAAGUAAGGGGCCAGCUGCCUACCACAAAAGCCACAUUAUCCAAUGCAAUGCUCUUGUGAAUAAAUAAGUCAAAUAGACAUUUUUACAAGCAGGGCUUUUGAAAUAUGUAUAUCAAUGUCGGGAAUAUUUAUCGUAUUUGCACAGCAUAUUAUACCGGGUUGUUUACGCGGUUUGUGAGAGUUGUCUUUCUUGCGUUGCGAUCACACCUGACGAGUAAGCUGAUGUCUUGCAUACAAUUCUUUUCAAUCGCUUGUCCUAAAAGAUGUGACGAUAGUAUCUGAAGCACCCGCAUUCCUAAACACUGGCCUCACCAUUGCCGUCAACCAUUGUUUAUCCACUACUGGAUGAAGACCUAUCCACACUGUGGUCAUCCGUCAAAUCUUAAAACGCCACAAUCCAACUCACUCCUGCACGUGAGCUGAUCUCAUUGUUCCAUCUCCGUGCUGGCCAUCCUCUCGGGCACGUGAUCCUGUUUUGUUUCUCUCUCAAUCCAUCAGCAGUUCCGUCGAUUGACCGUCAUCCAUUCUGGCCACGAUGUGUCCUGCCCAGAGCCAUUUUGCUUUCCUUUAAAGUCAAUGUCUCGAAUGUUUGUUCUAUGCUACAUGUGUUUCUGUCCGUCUCUCUCAGUGUAGUUCAAUUAAUGCACUUUUUCAUCCUUCUUUAUGCACUUUUGAGGUUGUGUUCCAUCUUAUUUGUUCACGAUUCCAAUUCAGAUAUCAUCGUGGGUAAUUUGCACUGAUUUAAGUCCAUUCUUGUUCGGGUAAAUUUGUACACUAAUAUUAAUUAUCAAGCUCGGCAUUCCCAAAUGACUCUCAUGAAACUCCAGAGACCCAUCAAGGAUAUCGCCCUGCGCCGCCCUGGCAGAGUGUGAGGUCACGCAAAAGUAAAUGUAUGGACAGCGAAGGUGAAUGCAGAUGACGUUUACCAGGGGUGAUUGCUGCGUAAACCUAUGGAAGGGAAAUAGGUUGAACAUGGGGUUUGGUUGGUCACGUUAUACGUGGGAUUAACAGAUAAUAGCUUUAACUAAAGGGUUACAAGCUACAGAACUUUUGGUAAUUAGUAAUUGCUCCGGCGUAGUAUUGUUUGUUAGGAUUUCAAGUCCUCUAUUUGUACUGCAAUUGCAUGUUUUAUGGUUUGAAAAUAAACAUUUAGCCACGGUU